AUGCACAGACUCGCCCUCAGAAACUCCAGCCGCGCAGCCGCGCUCGCCGCCAACAACGCCCGCGUCGCACCCGUGGUUGCACGCACAUAUGCCACUGCGAAGCCUGCUGCAUCGGAGGUCUCCUCCAUCCUCGAGUCCCGGAUAGCUGGCUCUUCCGUAGGCAGCAAUGUUGAGGAAACCGGUCGCGUUCUCAGCGUCGGUGACGGUAUCGGACGCGUCUGGGGUCUCAGAAACGUGCAGGCCGAGGAGAUGGUGGAGUUCUCCUCUGGUAUCCGCGGCAUGUGCUUGAACUUGGAGGCCGACAACGUCGGUGUCUCCAUCUUCGGUAACGAUCGUCUCAUCAAGGAGGGCGACACCGUCAAGCGUACCGGCCAGAUUGUCGACGUUCCCGUCGGCCCUGGCCUCCUCGGCCGUGUCGUUGACGCCCUUGGUAACCCCAUUGACGGCAAGGGCCCCAUCGACGCCGCUGAGCGUCGUCGUGCCUCCCUCAAGGCCCCCGGUAUCCUUCCCCGUCGUUCCGUCAACCAGCCUAUGAUGACCGGUAUCAAGCCCAUCGACGCCAUGGUCCCCAUCGGUCGUGGCCAGCGUGAGCUUAUCAUUGGUGAUCGUCAGACUGGUAAGACCGCCGUCGCCAUUGACACCAUCCUCAACCAAAAGAGGUGGAACGACGGCAAGGACGAGGACAAGAAGCUUUACUGUGUUUACGUCGCCGUCGGCCAGAAGCGUUCCACCGUCGCCCAGCUCGUCCAGACCCUCGAGGAGAACGAUGCCAUGAAGUACACCAUCAUCGUCGCUGCCACCGCCUCCGAGGCCGCUCCUCUCCAGUACCUCGCUCCCUUCUCGGGAUGCGCUAUGGGCGAGUGGUUCCGUGACAACGGCAAGCACGCCCUCAUCAUCUACGACGAUUUGUCCAAGCAGGCCGUCGCUUACCGUCAAAUGUCCCUCCUUCUCCGUCGUCCUCCCGGUCGUGAGGCUUACCCCGGUGAUGUCUUCUACCUCCACUCCCGUCUCCUUGAGCGUGCUGCCAAGAUGAACGAGAAGUUCGGUGGAGGAUCCCUUACUGCCCUGCCCAUCAUUGAGACCCAGGGUGGUGAUGUGUCCGCUUACAUUCCUACCAACGUCAUUUCCAUCACCGACGGUCAGAUCUUCUUGGAGGCCGAGCUCUUCUUCCGUGGUGUUCGUCCUGCCAUCAACGUCGGUCUCUCCGUGUCCCGUGUCGGUUCCGCUGCCCAGACCAAGAUCAUGAAGAAGUUCGCCGGUUCAUUGAAGCUCUACCUCGCUCAAUACCGUGAAGUUGCUGCCUUCGCCCAGUUCGGUUCCGAUCUCGAUGCCUCCACCCGUUUCUUGCUUGCUCGUGGUGCCCGUCUGACCGAGCUCCUCAAGCAAGGCCAGUACCAGCCCAUGUCCAUGGAGAUCCAGGUCCCCAUCAUCUACGCUGGUGUCAACGGUCUCCUUGACUCUAUUCCCGUCGAUAAGAUCACCACGUGGGAGGCUGAGUUCCGUGAGCACCUCACCACCCAGCAGGUCGCUCUCCUCGAGACCAUCGCGACCGGAAACGUUGCCGGUGACGUUGAGGAGAAGAUCAAGAAGGUCGUCGAGGAGCACGUCUCACAGUUCAACGCUUAAAUUACCCGCUUGCGCGGUGAUUUCUGAGAGGAGCUGAGUGGUGUGUUGUUUCGAGGCGAGCUUGGUUGUGUGCUGUUGGCGUAGAGUAUAUCUAUCCUUGCUGAGCUGUUGGGUGAGGACGGAUGGCGGACUGGACGUGUUGGAUGUUUCGUUGGGUGGUGGUGGAGACUCAAAAUGCAUAAUACGGUUUCUUUACUCUUUCUAUUGCCUCUAUAGAUGUGUGAUAAUGCCUGAGUUCUGUGUGUGUGAGCGUGAG